AUAGCUGGACAUUGGAGGCGGUGUGAUGUGACGUCAGGAAUGCGCCCCACUUCAAACAGAGGACAACAAGGGUGCAGCAAUCCGCAACGUCGGGUUUCUUACCGUGACCACCACAGCCUUGGUCCUGCACCAUGUCCACCAUGUCCUUACUCGCCAACCCGCCCCCUACGGUUCCCAUCCCGCCCAGCUUGCGCGCUAAAAUGGCCGCCGUCGCCAAUGCUAAUGCCAAUGCCCAGAACCGUCCCGCCGUCGCCAAUCCCCGUUCCAUUUCGGAGCCCCAAGUUCCACGAGGUCACUCUACUGCUGCUCGAGGGCGGGCCAGACCAAAGCCGAAUAUGUUCCUCAGCGACUUUGAUCCUAUUCAUUUUGGUGGUGGUCCUCAGGCAGCUGGCCUAAGGGCGCCCAUUCCCAAUGGCCCUCGGCUACAUGCUCCAGUUGGCACUCCAUUUUCCGCCUUUUCGAGAAUGCUCGAUGCAUCAGGUGCUUUGAACGUCGGUGGUACCCAAAUACAUGCUUCCGGUGUUAUUUUCUCGAACGGAAGAUCGUAUUCUAUGGCUAUGAAAGACCUCCAGAUCGAGGAAGAACUCGGGCGGGGAAAUUACGGGACUGUGCGGCGCGCCAUUCACAAGCCAACCAAAUUACAGAUGGCUAUGAAGGAAAUCCGUCUAGAACUAGAUCUCAACAAGCUGGAAUCCAUAGUUCGAGAGCUUGAAAUUCUACAGUCCGCAUCUGCACCUAACAUCGUCGAGUUUCAUGGUGCCUUUACGGUCGAGAGCUGUGUCUACUAUCUUAUGGAAUAUAUGGAUGCCGGUAGUCUCGAUCAACUUACCGCUUUUGAAGCUGGCGAGACCUACACAGUCGGUAACGAGACCGUUGUGUGGGAACGGGUACCGGAAGAUGUCUUGGCUCGCAUAGCCGGGAGUAUGGUUCGCGGUUUGAAGUUCUUGAAGGACGAAAGAGAGGUCAUGCAUCGUGAUGUCAAGCCGACGAAUGUGCUGGUCAAUGUAAAAGGUCAAGUCAAACUUUGUGACUUUGGCGUGUCAAAACAGCUGGAAAAGUCGCUGGCCAAAACAAACAUCGGCUGUCAGAGCUAUAUGGCGCCCGAGCGCAUUCACGGCGAAACUAGGGGUAACUUGGGAGCAUAUACUGUGGCCGCCGAUGUCUGGUCUUUAGGUCUCUCGGUUAUCGAAAUUUCCCUGGGAAAGUACCCAUAUCCUCAAGAAUCGUAUCAGAAUGUCUUUGCUCAGGUAUGUUCUUCGGCUGUUUCUAGAUGACUUCGGCGUCCAAUCCCUUGUCAAUUAGUUACACUACAUUAUCAACGGC